UUUAUCCGUUGAUAAUCCACAAGAUUAAAUACUUCAAUUACUAAUGAGUUCAUUAAGCCUGAUUCAUAUAAUUGUUUCAAAAUAAAAGCCAUCCUUGUCAGAUUAUUGUUUGACCUUUUCUGACACUUUAUGUAAAUAUCUGCGCACGUGCGCCCUCCACUUGGAACGCGCCUGCGCGGUCCAGGGAGGUGCACCUCUUGUGAUCCCCGCGUGGCCCGUGGGAGGUGUUCGGGUGGAGAUGGAGCUGCUGCGCUGCGCCGUCAGUCCUCUGUGCGUAUCCGCCUGCAGGAGCAUCCAUCCCGAUGCCCAAUGAGCUCAAAAGUGGUGAUCCCAAACUCUCAACGAUCAAGCUGAGAUAGAUCCUCCUCCAUCCGUGUUCUCAGGAACUAUGAGGAGCCUUACGUUGGGUCUUGUGUGGCUCUUUCUCUGUCGCUCAGUGGAUGCUAUGUCUUUGAACGGGGAGAGAACAGACAAACAGGACAUAAGGGCAGAAGUCAGAGAAGAGGCGCUGCCUAAAAGAGUGAAGCGGGGCUGGAUGUGGAAUCAGUUUUCUGUGAUGGAGGAGUACACCGGCACUGACAACCAGUAUAUUGGCAGGCUCCAGUCUGACAAGGAUCCAGACAACGGCUCAGUCAAGUACAUUCUCUCUGGCGAGGGCGCCGGUUCCAUCUUUGUCAUCGAUGAGAACAAAGGUUUCCUGCACGCCACCAUGCGUCUGGACCGUGAGACAAAGGCCUUUUAUAAGCUGAAAGCCACAGUGGUCAACAAACAGACAGGUCAACAGCUGGAGCCAGAAACCGAGUUCAUCGUUAAACUCCACGACGUCAAUGACAAUGAGCCACAGUUCAGCCAGGAGGUGUACGAUGCAAGCGUACCUGAGAGGUCUGAUGUUGGAACACCAGUGAUCCAGGUGACGGCUACAGAUGCAGACGACAGCAUGUAUGGGAUUGGUGCCAAACUGGUCUACAGCAUCAGCCGGGGACAGCCCUACUUCUCUGUGGACCCCAACACUGGUGUAAUUCGGACCGCUUUGGGUCCUCAAGACAUGGACCGCGAGACAAAGGAGCACUACCAGGUGGUGAUUGAAGCCAAAGACAUGGCUGGACAAAGAGGAGGGCUUACGGGUACCACUGUAGUUAACAUCUCCCUCACUGAUGUCAAUGACAACCCUCCAGUCUUCACUCAAAGUGUAUAUCAACUAAGUGUUGCUGAGUCAGCCACGUUUGGGACAGUGGUUGGAAGAGUUCAAGCCACCGACAGAGACACUGGGAGGAAUGCAGAGAUGUCUUUCAAUAUCAUCAGUGGAGAUAGCAUGGAUGUCUUUGAUAUUUCCACUGACAAGAACACCCAGAAUGGAAUCAUCACUGUUAAAAAGCCGUUGGAUUACGAGAAGAAAUCCUCACACACAAUAGGAAUCCAGGUCCAGAACAGCCAGAAGGACCAUGGUUUCAUGCUGACAAAGUCUAAAGACACGGCCACAGUUCAGAUCAGGGUGGAGGAUGUUGAUGAACCCCCACAGUUCAGCAAAGAUCACUACCUGAUGGAGGUGAAGGAGGAUGCAGCUGUCGGAACAGCUGUAGGGUCUGUCAGUGCCACGGACCCUGAUCAAGUUCGCCGGGGGGUCAUAUAUUCCAUCGACCGACGCACUGACAUGGAUCGUGUGUUUGGCGUCCAUCCGGGGAAUGGAUCUGUAUUUCUACUCAAACACUUGGACAGAGAGCAGAAGGCCUGGCAUAACUUUUCAGUCAUCGCUAAAGAAUUUCGUAAUCCCCAUCAGAGCAGCCAUACUCAGGUCUAUGUUCGCCUGCUGGACAUCAACGACAAUGCCCCCACCUUUGCUACUGACUAUGAAACCUUCGUCUGUGAGAGAACCAAGGUUGGCCAGCUAAUCCAGACCGUCAGAGCUGUCGAUGCAGAUGCUCCUUCAGCAGGACACAGUUUCUUUUUCAGCUUGGCUCCAGACGAGGCCAACACAAGCAACUUUACUGUCCGUGACAAUGCAGACAACACUGCUGGAAUUUUGACUCGUCGGUCCAGCUACAGCCGCUUCCAGCAGAGUGUCUACCUGGUGCCUGUAGUCAUCACUGAUGGAGACUAUCCUAUUCAGAGCGGCACCAGCACGCUCACCGUCAGAGUUUGCACCUGUGAUCACAAAGGCAACAUGGAGCUUUGCAAUGUAGAGGCGAUGAGUGACUCUCCUGGACUGGUCACUGGAGCCCUUGUCUCCAUUCUUCUCUGUCUCCUCAUACUGCUAAUCGUUGUUAUUUUCUUCACCACCCUGAAGCACAGAAGGAAACAAGAGCCUCUCAUCGAGUCCAAAGAGGAUGUCCGGGAUAAUGUCGUGAGCUACAAUGAUGAGGGGGGUGGCGAGGAGGACACACAGGCUUUUGACAUCGGUGCGCUGUACCAUCCGGCCACAGCCCUGGAGGAGUCUGCUAAACAGAGACGGGAUGUUAUCCCCUCUGAUGCACUGCUGUACCCGUCAAACCCGUGGCAGGCUCCCAUCACUUCCAGUCCUGUGAUGUCUGCGGCAGCAGGGGUUUCCAGCAGUAAUGAAGACGUGUGGGAAUUCAUCAACCAGAAGGUUCUGGAGAACGACUGCAACCCAACAGCGCCACCAUACGACUCACUGGCCACGUAUGCUUACGAGGGCUCCGGGUCAGUGGUGGAGUCGCUCAGCUCACUGGGCUCGGCCGGCUCUGAGGCGGAGCAGGAAUACCAUUACCUGCGUGAAUGGGGACCCAGGUUCAGGAAGCUGGCGGACAUGUACGGAUGUGAGGAUGAUGACUUUUCUUAGCGAGAUCCUCACUGUCCAAACAGUGAAUCCUAGCAGAAACUAUGAAUGCUCCUUCUGAGCUUUACAGGGAUUGUUUUUUACUUUUACACACUGUCUUUAAAGUCACUGUGAUUCAUGAAUCACUUGAAUCUUCAAUGUAAUCCAAAAAAAAAAACCAUACCAAAAAGAGAACAUUUAGUAUAUUUUUAUGGCUACGCAUUUACCAUCUGUGCAAUAUGGGGUUUGAAAACAAGCAGCUUGAAGGUUGAAGUCCAGUUUACUGAUUUUUAACAUAUGAAGGAUUUUAUAUGCAGUAACAGAACAUGUUUUUCUAUUUUUGUUUUGACCAAGUGGCCUUCUGCUGCCCUUUAUGCUGAACCGAUGAAGCAUGUUGACUGGAUGAUAACAGAAUAGAUCCUAAAUGAGUGCUUCUUCUCUUGAUGUUUUUCUUUUAUCUUUAUAACUGAAGCUUUGUUUGAGACCAUUGUAGAGCCCAGAAUCUGCUCCAGAGGACUAACUUUUGAUUCCAACUUUCAUAUCAUGUUUUAAGCACAGGUGCUUUUUUAUCAGACUCAAAAAGUGGUGGAGAUCUCAUACGAAAGCUGCAUCUGCUUUCAAUAGUGCUUUACUCGCUCCAUAUAGGGGGUUUUCUUAUGUUUGUAGUAGUGAACAUUUGGGAACAUGUAUAUGUAAACUCAAAACUUAGUUCAAAAUGAAAUGUUUGCUAAAAGGGGUUUGUUUGAAAACAGAGAAAUGUGUGUCAUAAAUGUUUUUGUUAUCAGAUCAAUCAGCACUCUGAACAUAUAUCUUCUUAAAUUCUGUCAAACCUCAGCAUCAUCUGUGCAGCUGAAUGAUUCCAAAGCUACAAAUAGUCUUUUUUUUUUUUGCUAAACAUGUAAUUUGAAAUCCUUGGCUCUCCUCAGUUUGCAUUGCUGACUUGAUGAAUAGCAUAAAACACAUUUGACAAAACUUGUAAAAGAUAAUAAAAAUCACAUUUCUGUGUUUAACAUUUGUCUGUUUUACCAUAUCUAAAAUAAACCAGCAACAGCUUUACGUUAACCAAACAUGGCCUAAAAUAUGGCAUAAAAAGCUAAAUAAUGUACAAGAAGGGAAUAUAUAUAUAUAUAUAUAUAUAUAUAUGUUUGUUUUCUCUAACAUAAUGUAAGUGUGGUGAAAAAGAAUCUCUUCUUCCGAGUUAUAACAAAUCUCCCAUUAACUGCUUCAAUAGCAUGUCUUUGUUUUCUCUUCAAUGUCACUCUAUUUACUGAUACCAAGAGGAAAACACAAGCUGGCUAACAAACGACCCAUGUGUAAGGCAUUAAAAAAAUCUUACAAUAAACAUAUUUAUGUUUGAAUUUUGUUUAUUGGUUUUCAUAAAACUUACAUGAGCAUUUUGAUGCAGUUAGUUGGGGUUUGUGUCUUUGCUAAAAGCUUUCAGCAAAAUUGUCGUCUUUUUUAUAGCUUUUUCUUGUUGAUUUAUUUUUCUGCAAAAACUGACUGUCCGUUAUAGGGAGAAAUGUCAAAAUAAAACCUAUAUGAGUUGUUUUAUAUAUAAUUUUGAGACUAUUUUAGUGAAUAUUUCUUUUGGCCGUGUUAUUUUUGUCAAUGGACACUAAAAGACAUCUAAUGUGUUGUUUUCUCUUCACAAUUUGAUUUUGUAAGAUACUUAAUUAUUGCACAUGAAGUGCUUCUGGUUUUUAACAUUGUAUCAGACAACCAUAAAAAAUAUGGAUAUUUUAGCUUUGAAAAAUCCAG